AUGGAGCUUCCUGUGGGAGUCUGGAUGAGAUUGCAAUACCGAGCAGAGGAUUGUUCCACAGAAUACCUAAGCAGUCGUCAUCUGCGUUUCAUCAAAAACAUUGCUGCUCCCCAAUACACACAUGCUCGGAUUUUGACAAGAUCUGCUCGACCUGGACUAACAGAUCUCACCGUCAUUCUCACUCUCCGUGCUUUCAUCGAGUACUCUCGUACUGGUGAAUUAAGCCUCAUUUCUGACGAUGUUGGCUAUAUUAUGGUUGAUCAGGACGACACGACGCUGGAAUCUUUACACUGUGGCUUCGAUAAAGGAGCUGUUGUCGAGGUGGAGUUUGUGAAUGGUUCAUGGUGGUUACGAAAGCUACUCGGCGAAUGGCGUGAAGGCAUUGAUUUAUCGAAUCCUGAUUCACGGCAUAUAAGGAAAGGCUACGAUAUGGCAGAGGACGAGUUUUGUACGGAUAAGCUCCGCGAAAAUGAAAUUGGACGCCCUUCCUCAAGUUCAUCAAGAGGUUCUUGUUCACGAUUUGAGCACAACUCACAAGUGAAUCUUAGAAAAUCUGGCAGUAGCAAAGAGCCACUUGAACGCAUGAAUUCGGCAGCACAGUUCCGGGUUGUUGAUCGAGGACGGCCUGUGAGGAGCAGUUACGAUGGAACUAUUGCCACUGCAGCUGAUGCGAAUGUAGAUUCAAUACGAGAACGUGUUGGAAUGAUUUCGCUAUCGUCAACUGACUUGAGGCGAAUAUCAUCGUGCACACAUCAUCACAUGAAAGCAGCCCAUAUUCGAUUGAAUUCGUGGUGA